ACUGUCCCAUGCUGCUGCCCUCUGUGUCUUCCCCCCCUCUCAAACCCCCGAAGCCAUCCCUUGCCGCUUCUCUAUGCUUCAGACUCGGCGGCCAAUUGAUGACCCCGUCCAUCCACGGCCACGGCCCAUUCCUCAAGUCGCCGUUCUCCUCCGUCACCGCCGUUCUCCUCCGGCUCGUCUGGCCGUAAACCGACAGCAACAUGAGCGCCGUGUCACGCAAGUCACGAAUGGCCACCAGUGUGGCCAGAGUCAUGUACACCAAUGCAGUCUAUUUCCCUAGCAGCAGAAUAUACCAAGGUGAUUCGCCCGGAAUGCUCAAUUACGGCUGCAUCAACCACGUGUAUUAUGCUUAUGCCAGUGUGACUGCGGACGGCAGUGUGUUUCUUGGCGAUGAGUGGGCCGAUGCAAGAGCGCCAGUGGAUGGCGUUCAGGGUGGCUUGGGAUCCUUGAUGCAUCUCAAGCAGAGGCACCCUCACCUGCAGGUCGUCUUAUCUAUUGGUGGCAGCACUGCGUCCGAGGUAUUCCCCGUUGUUGCGUCCAGCACUCUGCUCAGGGACAACUUCGCCAGGUCUUGCCUUGGCCUUGUUGAAGCUUCCGGCCUUGAUGGUAUUGAUAUUGCUUGGGAGUUCCCGUCCGAGGCCAAACAUGGCCACGACUUCCUGGCCCUAUUGGCAGCAGUCCGGAUUCACCUUCCUGAUGACCGCUUCAUCUUAACAGCUGUCCUCCCUGCGGCGAAGGAGGUGCUCGACCUCAUCGAUCUAAAGACGGCAGCCGAGUACCUUGACUACAUCAAUCUGGUGGCAUAUGAUUUCUUCGGCACAUGGACGUCCAAGAGCGGCCAUCACGCACAAUUGUAUACCAUGAACAAGGACGAGCCGUCAGCAUCGUCCGGCGUGGCACACCUGAUGGCACAAGGAUUCCCCCCAAAGAGCAUCCUGCUCGGCAUCCCUACGUACGGACGAAGCUUCCUGAAGGCAAACGGACCCGGACAAGAUUUCAACGGCGUAGGCGGCCAAGAGGGCACCUUCGAGUACAGCGAGCUGCCACGGAAGGGAUGCAAAGAGAUUGUGGAUAGGCGCUAUAUUGCGGCCCAAUGCGUUGGUGGCGAUGGGGGCUUUGUCACCUACGACAACCCCGAGACGGUCAAGGUCAAGGCGGAAUUUUGCAAGCAAAAGGGAUUAGGGGGGCUCUUUUACUGGAACGGACCGGCGGAUUCUCGAGAUCAAGCAAGAAGCCUGAUCGCGGCGGGUUUCCGCGCUCUGCAUACCUCUUGAGGCAGUGCUUCAACUUGAUGAUUAUGACGUCUUUUUUGAUUUUUUUCUCAAUCUAAUGCAUAUAGAUUCUCUUUACGCUUACGCCCACGGACCUUGCGCCCUUCACCUUACCGCCUCUGCUAGACAGAAAGCAAAUCGGAGGAGGGGGGGCUUGGCUUGUCCAAGCUGUAGCAUGACUCGGACGUCGUCGCAAGAAGAACCAAGGAAGGAAGCGUUCCGUCUUUUCUCUUCAACUACUGUUCCAUACCGCGGUGAAGGAUAUUCUUUUUUUCCUUUCUUGGGUACUGGCUCUUUCUCUUAGGCAGA